AUGAGUAAAGGAAAAUAUCUGGGAUCUGGACCUGCUAAAAAAGCAAAAUUCAAUAAAAAUGACGACGACGAUGAUGUUCCAUGGUCGUUUGAAGCAGAAUUGGCGAAUAUGGAAAAUAUAGAUGAUGAAUUUGAUGUGGUUACACAAGUAACUGGCGAACCUAUCGAUAACUGUGAAAUGAUGAUAAUCAAUAAGCCAAACGCAGGUCCUGAACAAGAAAAUAUAUCUACGAAAUGGGGUAGGCCACCUGUACCAGAUUUAAAUUCAGAAAUUGAUAAACUAAUUUUUCAACAAAUAGAUAUUGAUCAUUAUAUAGGUGAGCCGCUACCAGGAAUGCCAGGUAAUAAAUGUGGGCCUGUUCCAAUCAUGCGAAUGUUUGGUGUAACAGAAGAAGGAAAUUCUGUUUGUUGUCAUGUUCAUGGAUUUUGUCCAUACCUAUUUGUUACAGCACCACAAAAAUUUACAGAUGCGCAUUGUAAACCUUUCAAGGAUGCACUCAAUACAGCUGUUAAAAAAGAUAUGAAAUCGAAUCAAAAUAAUAUUCAAGAAGCUGUGUUAGCUGUUGAAAUUGUGUACAAGCAAACUGUGUAUUCAUAUACAGGAAAUGAUAAAAAUGCAUUUCUCAAAAUUACAGUCGCACUUCCUAAGUUAAUUGCAGCUUGUAAAAGACUUCUUGAAAAAGAAAUUGUUUAUAGCGCAUUUAAUCAUACUUAUACACCAUUUGAAACUAAUAUUGAUUUUGAUAUUAGAUUUAUGGUAGAUACAUCAGUAGUAGGUUGUUGUUGGAUCGAACUAUCACCAAAGAAAUGGAAAUUAAGAGGUCAAAAAGAACACAAAUUGCCGAUAACAUCUAGAUGCCAGUUAGAAGUAGAUGUUGCAUGGGAUGCUUUUAAAGCUCAUCCAGCAGAAGGCGAAUGGUCCAAAGUUGCACCAUUUAGAAUACUUAGUUUUGAUAUAGAAUGCGCAGGACGAAAAGGUAUAUUUCCUGACCCUAACCAUGAUCCCGUUAUACAAAUUGCAAAUAUGGUAAUCAGGCAAGGAGAAACUGAACCGUUUUUACGAAAUAUAUUUACCCUCGAUUUGUGUGCACCUAUUGUUGGUUGUCAAGUUCUUUGUUUCAAGGAAGAAGCAGAACUUUUAAAGAAAUGGGCUGAAUUCAUACGACAAUUAGAUCCGGAUAUUUUUACUGGAUACAAUAUUAGUAAUUUUGAUUUUCCAUAUUUAAUUAAUCGUGCUAAAUUUCUCAACGUCAAAGACUUCGUAUAUCUUGGUAGAAUCCGAGAUAUAAAAUCAGUGAUCAAAGAUCAGGUAUUGCAGAGUAAACAAAUGGGACGACGUGAAUAUAAAGUUAUAAACUUUGAAGGCAGAAUACCAUUCGAUUUAUAUUUGGUAUUAGUCAGAGACUAUAAAUUAAGGUCCUAUACUUUGAAUGCUGUUUCUUAUCAUUUUUUGCAAGAACAAAAAGAAGAUGUGCAUCAUAGUAUUAUUACUGAUCUGCAGAAUGGUAACUCGCAAACUCGAAGACGGCUUGCUGUGUAUUGCUUGAAGGAUGCAUAUUUACCAUUAAGGUUAUUGGACAAAUUAAUGUGUAUUAUUAUUUAUAUGGAAAUGGCAAGAGUUACCGGCGUAUCUUUAAUGACUCUAUUAACUAGAGGACAACAAAUUAAAGUUGUUUCUCAACUUUUACGAAAGACACAAGAAAAAGGUUUUUUAAUGCCAGUACACAGCGGACAUGGAACAGAUGAACAAUUUGAAGGAGCUACAGUCAUAGAACCAAAACGUGGCUAUUAUAAUGAUCCUAUAGCCACCUUGGAUUUCAGUUCUCUAUAUCCCAGUAUUAUUAUGGCUCAUAAUCUAUGCUAUACGACUUUAUUAACACCUGACAAACAAAACAAAUUUGAUUUAAAGACCGAUGACGUUACGCAGACUCCAAGCAAUUCAUUAUUUGUUAAAUCUCAUAUUAGAAAAGGAUUGCUUCCAGAAAUUUUGGAAAAUCUUUUGACAGCUCGAAAAAAUGCCAAAGCUGAAUUAAAAAAAGAAACUGAUCCUCUUAAACAAAAGGUCUUGGAUGGUAGACAGUAUGCUUUAAAAGUAUCAGCAAAUUCUGUGUACGGAUUUACAGGCGCGCAGAUGGGGAAAUUACCCUGUUUAGAAAUUUCUGCAAGUGUUACUGCUUAUGGACGUAAUAUGAUAGAAAAAACGAAAGAGGAAGUCGAAAAUCAUUACCGCAUUGAAAAUGGUUACAAAAACGAUGCCAUUGUUAUAUAUGGUGAUACUGAUUCUGUAAUGGUUAAAUUUGGUAUCAAGAAGGUAGAAGAGGCAAUGGAAUUAGGUAGAGAAGCUGCAGAAUACGUUACAUCCAAAUUUAUUAAACCCAUUAAAUUAGAAUUUGAAAAAGUUUACUUUCCGUAUCUUUUAAUAAAUAAAAAAAGAUACGCUGGUCUUUACUUUACCAAGCCUGAUAAACAUGAUAAAAUGGAUUGUAAAGGCCUAGAAACUGUAAGAAGAGAUAAUUGUCCUUUAGUAGCAAACAUGAUGAACACCUGUUUAGAAAAAUUACUUAUUGAUAGAAAUCCCGAUGAUGCCCUUGAUUAUGCGAAACAAAUGAUAAGUGAUCUUUUAUGUAAUCGUAUCGACAUAUCUCAAUUGGUUAUUACAAAAGAAUUAACGAAGACUGAUUACACUGCAAAACAAGCGCAUGUCGAAUUAGCAGCAAAAAUGAAAAAACGUGAUGCGGGAACAGCACCUAAACUCGGUGAUCGUAUUCCAUAUGUAUUUAUAAAUGCUUCUAAGGGUACUCCGGCUUAUAAGAAAGCUGAGGAUCCUAUAUAUGUCUUACAAAAUAGUAUUCCUAUUGAUACCACUUAUUAUUUAGAAAAUCAAUUGUCUAAGCCGUUAUUACGCAUCUUUGAACCAAUUCUUGGGGACAAAGCACAAUCAUUACUUUUAAGAGGCGAUCAUACGCGUACAAAAAUUGUUGCCACUUCCAAAGUUGGCGCAUUAGCUGCAUUCACACAUAAAAAAGAAACCUGUAUUGGUUGUAAGUCUAUUUUACCGCUGGAAAGAGAAAAAAUGGCUGUGUGUCAGUAUUGCGAAAAACGCGAAGCUGAAAUUUAUCAAACUGAGUUAACGAUGCAAAUAAAAUUAGAAGAAAAGUAUAACUCAUUAUGGACAGAGUGUCAAAGAUGUCAAGGAAGUUUGCAUCAACAAGUUUUGUGCUCCAGCCGUGACUGUCCUAUAUUCUACAUGAGAAAAAAAAUUCAGAUAGAGCUAGAUUCUCAGGUUAAAAAGAUUGAAAGAUUUGGAACUCCGAUAUGGUAAACAUCAUUAAAAAAUCUUCCUUUAUUUUUUUAUUUUACCUGAUUUUGUUUUAUAUUAGUGCAUUUCUUUAUGCGUGUGUUUAGUUUUUAAAUGUAUAAACAAAAAUUCACAUUGAAUUAGACGCUUAGAUUAAAAAGAUCGAAAGAUUUGGAACUCCCGAUUGUUAAAAAUUAUUCGAAAAAACCUCCUUUUAUUUUGAUUCAUUCAUUUUGUUUUAUUUUGCUUGAUUUUGUUUUAAAUUGGCGCAUUUCUUUACACGUUUGUUUUGUUUUUAAAUGUUCGCUUAGGUGACUACGUACUUCGUCACUUUACACUCAGCAAAAACUUAUUUAAUAGGUACAUUAUUAACUAAUGAUUAUUAUUUAUAUUAAGAUGUAAAACAUUAACUAGAUUCAUUAAUCAUUUUUCUUCAGAUUGUUCUGUUAAUGCAUAUGAAAUUAAGUCUUUAUUUGUGACAGUAUUUUCCAAUAUAUUAACUUUCAUUUACAAAUAAUAUUAAAUAAGGAUAGUAGGGAUUAAUAUUAAAAAAGUAUUCGGCUCUCUACAAUCAUAUAAUGGGUGUAAAGAUGAAAUAAUCAUCUUAAGAGAAGUGAUUCAAUUACAUUUUAAUACAAAGGUAUAUAUAUUCGCAUAUGUUUCCUUCAUUUUAUCUUUUUCUUGUCUUUGUUUUAUUUUUUUUAUCUUGAUUCGUAAGAAAGAUAAAAUUUCUGACAUCUAUCAUGUCCUAUCUAUUAUGAAAAGUAUGGUCAGUUUUAUAUGCGAAAAAUGCAAGGUAUUUAUAAAAUAUAAUAAUAUUUGAAUAAAUAAACACAAAUGAGCUCUUCCCAAUUACAUGGGAUAUUUGAAAUGACAGUCAUACGACCAGUCUCUUUAUAAGGCUUGAGUAAGAAAAAUGAUGAUGAUUUAAUGUCGAUCAUUUUCUACUCUGUAACGCGUUUGACAGCCAAUCCAUUGCUUGGUCAAGACCUUCUCCUUUAGUUGCUGAAGUUUUAAAUAUUUGGAAUGUUCUAUUCUUAAGUGCAUCCAAUCCAAGAGCUUGAUGCACUUCUGCAACACUUAAACAACCAGCCAUAUCUUGUUUGUUUGCCAGUACUACCAGAAUGGCACCUUGUAAUUCUUCUUCCUUCACAAAUUAAAUGAUAUAGUUAAA